ACCCGGAAGUGAGGAUCAGCCUCUCGCUCCACGUGGGAAGAGUCUGGUCUGUGUGUUGUUAUCGUGGGAACUUUCGCCGAAGGGUUUGAACUUUUAACGGGUUGCAGAGUUAUGAGUGCCGGGAAAUCUGCGGAGAUCGGCGAACCGGAGGGACCGGCACAAAGUGGCUCCAGCCUUUGUUUGUCGGAUAGCGAGAAUGAAGAUGCUUGGGAGGAGGAAGAGGAGGAUGGUGCCGACGAUCCCAGCGCCGGGAUGGAGGGACCUUCUCAGAGCACUCCCUGCCUUUUCUGCAACAGAUUUUUCAGUUCAGCUGAAGAUAGUUUUUGCCAUUGUACCUCAGACCAUGGGUUCAGUAUUGAGAUGAUGGUUCAAAAACAUAGGCUUGAUUUCUAUGGGUACAUUAAGCUAGUAAAUUUUAUUAGGCUGCAGAAGCCAGAUGCAGAAUAUGUUAAUUCUCUUAGACCUCCAUUUCCUUGGAAUGAAGAUAACUAUUUGAAGCCUGUAAUAGAAAAUGACUUACUACUACAGUUUGAUGUAGAAGACCUCCUUGAUUCUCCCAGUAUCUCCUGUCCUAAUGGAGUAUCUGAGGCUUCAUCUCUCCUUGAAUGUUUGAAAAAUGCUGAGCACAGAACUGAGUUGGCAGAAGCUGCAUUGGCCAGAGCCCAAGAUGAUCUACAGAAAAUGAGGCAAUUUACGCAGGAUUUGGUGAUGAACACAGAAAUCGGAAGUAGCUCAUCCGCCAGCACGACUGGGAACUUAAAAGAGGAUGAGGAAGAUGUUUACUUCAGCUCAUACGGGCACUUUGGGAUCCAUGAAGAAAUGCUAAAGGAUAAAGUGCGUACUGAAAGCUAUCGUGACUUCAUUUAUCUAAACCCACACAUCUUUAGAGAUAAGAUUGUCCUAGAUGUUGGAUGUGGCACUGGAAUCCUUUCCAUGUUUGCUGCCAAAGCAGGUGCAAAAAAGGUGAUAGGAGUGGAUCAAUCUGAAAUCAUUUAUCAAGCCAUGGACAUCAUUAGGCUCAAUGGACUUGAAGAUAGUAUUAUUUGAUCAAAGAAGAAUGAAGAAGUUGAUAUACCUGUUGAAAAAGUUGAUGUUAUCAUAUCGGAAUGGAUGGGCUAUUUCCUCCUCUUUGAGUCUAUGCUGGAUUCAGUCAUUUAUGCAAGGGACAAAUAUUUGAUCAAAGGAGGCUCAGUGUAUCCUGACUCCUGUUCCAUUAGCCUGGUGGCUGUAAGUGAUAUCGCUAAGCAUACCGAUCAAUUGACUUUCUGGGAUGAUGUAUAUGGCUUCAAUAUGUCCUGCAUGAAAAAGGUGGUAAUGCCUGAAGCAGUUGUGGACGUCUUAGAUUCGAGGACUCUCAUAUCUGAAGCUUGUAUCAUCAAGCGGAUAGACUGCCAUGUUGUCUCAGUUCCAGAAUUGGAAUUUUCAUCUGACUUCGUCUUGAUGGUCACCAAGACUUCCAUGUGUACGGCAAUUGCUGGAUAUUUUGAUGUGCAUUUUGAGAAAAAUUGUAACAAACAAAUCCUGCUUUCAACUAGUCCCUGUUGUACCAAGACACACUGGAAACAAACAAUGUUUUUUCUGGAAAAACCAAUUUCUGUCGAAGAAGGUGAAGAACUGAAAGGAAGGAUAACAAUACACAGAAACCGAAAAGAUCUCCGUGCCCUCAUUGUAACACUUUCAAUUAAAAAUGUGAAACAAACAUACAGUCUACAGUAAACAUUGCCCCACAAUCAGCUUGAGAAGCUCAUUUCAAUUACCAGAUGUUUGUUUUUGAAGCAGAAAAACCUGGAUAAAAUAUUAAAUUAAUUUGGUUCUA